GAUGUUGACGGGUCUUAAGAUGGCUGCUGGACGACCGGCUACGGACCGAAAAAAUGUGGAGUGGGCUGCUACCUCCUGGCCUAAAUGAGAGUGAUGUUGAGUUGAAUUCAGAUGAUGAGGCCACAGUAGAGAGCUCUGAACUUAACUUAGAAGAAGAUGGGACCAUUACAAACACAGAGGUCUCAGAUAUCCCUACAGAUGGACCAAAAACUGAAGCAGAGGCAAAUGUAAAUGCAUAUGAAGAGUGUCCCUCUGGAAUUCCCUUAAAUAUGUGGAAUAAAUUUCAAGAACUGCAUACAAAACAUUCUGAACAGAAAACCUCAACUUCAAGAUCCAGAAAGAAAAAAAGAAAACGCUCCAGAAAAGGUAAAUUGAAGAAUGAAGAAGAAUCUCGAAGUGAACAGUCCUCAAGUGAAACCCAGUGGAAGGAGCUUACUCAGUAUUUUGGAGUCAACGAUAGAUUUGACCCCCCUGUUAAAAGGAAAAAAAUUGAAAAGUCGGGCCUUGAAAAGAGCAUAGACCAGGCUGUGGAAGAGUGGAACAUUGAGAAGGCUGAGGAGCUCAGCAAUCAGCUAGCUACUCGAGAGCUUGGUGUAAAAAUUGCCAAAGCGAUUGCCUGCCACAACUUUGUAAAAGCCAAAAAGGAUGCUGAAAAUUCACAGGUUGCUCGAAAAAAGAAGAAACUUGCCUGGGGGUUUGAAGCAAAGAAGAGGUGGGAAACCAAAAGCAACAUGGGAUAUAUGUGACUUGCCAGAGUUCUUCAAGACCUUUGAGACUUCACUUGAGUCUUCAGUUGCUUAAUUUACUGAAAAGAUUUUCCUGUUCAUGUUAACUAUGUUGGGAAAUUGAUGGAAAUAGAAAAAAUAAGCAUAAAAUUUGGAAGUUGAUUA